CAUGCCUGAGGACAAAGGGUUUGUCGGCGGCGCAAACGCUGACCCUGAUGUCUUUGACAACCCGCAAGACUCGGACAUCAUUCUUAAGGUUGGAGAGACCCAGUUCUACGCCCAUAGAGUCGUGCUACGCAUGUGGUCGCCAUUCUUCAAGCGUGCACUAAACUCGCAGUUCUCGGUCGCCAAAAGUGCCGUCUUCGAUCUUGGUGAAGACGACAUUCCAGAGCACGUCGAAGAAAUGCUCAAAUACAUGUACGGCUUACCUCACGAACCCGUGAUUCCUUCACAGAUCGCACUCCUCAAGCGUCACAUCAGCAUGUACAUGUUGGCCGACAAAUACGACUGUCCAUCCAUGCGCAUCGUCAUCCUUAAAACCAUCAAAGAACUGCUGGAGAGCAGCUGGGAGUUUUCCAUCACGCCAAAAUUGCCCGAGGCAAUGGCCGCUACCAUCGCCACUGUCUGUGGUCCCGAAGCCCCACAGCUAGCUGAUCCCGGACUGCGUGCUGUCAUGCUUGAGUGGACUUCCAGGAACUUUUCCGCUUGUAUGUAUUACUCUGGCUUCAGCCAAGUGGUUGACAAGGGUUCUAUGCUGGACUCCAAAUCAUUCUCGAGAUUGAUUGCGAGGAUCUGCCAGGAUGCCCGUUAUAGCAAACAGCCAAACAAACUCAUCAACUAAGCGGUGAUCGACACAACCGCAUGUCAACCCAACGAACACCCACAUAAUCAAUACGGUACGGAGGCAAUAACAGAGAAAGAAGUAGCGGAAUAUGAGAGCCGGACAGGGUCUACACAAUCGAUCGGGCCUUUGCUACACAUUUAUUCCUGACAACCAAGACAUAAGAAGGGGUAGAUGCUGAUAAAUGCGGUACGAAAGAACGAUAUGG